AUGUCCCCGACGACGCCGACGGAUUACGACACCUUCCCGCUCCUAACCCGCUCUUCCACCCUCCCUGCCGGCCUCAACGGCGGCAUCAACGGCGCAGCCUCCGGGCCCAAUGCCGGCACCAACUCCGCCAUUGCUUCAAACCUCCAAUCUCAAAACCGAUCUCACCUCGCCCCAGAGGAUGCCUUCCUAGCGACCUCCCCUCCCCGUCGUCAGAUUCCCUCCUUCGACGCCGGCACCAGCGCAGACCACCGCGCAGCUCGCGCCCGGCUCCGUCACAAUGCCGGAGGUCUCGACCCAGACGGCAUCCAGCACCGCUCCCGCUCCCGCCGUAGCCGCAAGCGCACCUGGAAGAAGCUCAUGUGGGUGAAGCAGAGCUACCCGGACAACUAUACCGACCAGGCCACCUUCCUCGAGAGUUUGCAGCGUAACCCGCGCCUGCAACCCUACGACUUUUGGCCUUUGGUGGCUGACUCGACCGUCAUUGUUCAGCAUGUCUGUUCCGUCAUCGUCUUCAUCGUCUGCUUCGUCCUCAUCUUCCAGGAACGCGUAUCGCCUGUGUCGAUUGUCUCGUGUGGCAGUCUGGCGACAUGCUUAGGCUGGCUGCUGUGGGAGCGUUGGGAGGCUGAUGAGGAUAGCAUCAUGGUUGACCAGACCGGCAGCGGCGCUGCUGCUGGGGCAGGAGCUGUUGCGGGGAGGAGGGAUACGGUUAGUCGGAGGACGGGUAGUAUGCCGAGACGCCCGUCGUCGCACGUGGAUGAGUCCUCUGCAGCGACGACGGCAACCAGCUCCGUCACAAACUUGUCCACCACCGCAGAUCGUAUGGCACGGCAUUCGCACUCUGCGUCCGCUAGCUCGCUCAUCUCGUCCGCCUCCGCCACGUCUCAAUCUGCCAUCCGUCGUCAGAGCCAGGAGGUGACGGGCAAUCCGCCCCCUCGAAGGGCAUCCUUCCCCCUCCCGGGAGACGACACAAGCCGGCUCCACCAACGCCUCGGCACAGUCAAGAGUGCCGUCCUGAUUUACUGCACUCUCCUCGGCCUUUCGCCCAUCCUCAAGUCCCUGACGCGCUCGACGUCAAGCGACAGCAUCUGGGCCAUGUCCUUCUGGCUCCUCGCCAUCAACAUCUUCUUCUUCGACUACUCAAGCGGCGUGCACGUCAACAUCCCCGCGUCCCUGUCCACCAACGCCGCGCUGAUGGCCUCGACCGUGCUGGCCAGUCGACUGCCCUCCACAGGACAGGUCUUUAGCCUCACGCUGUUCAGCAUCGAGGUUUUUGGGCUUUUCCCCGUGUUCCGACGGUACGCGCGGCACCGCAGUUGGGGGUAUCACUACGCCAUGACGGUCUUCCUCGUUCUCGGCGCCGGGGCCGGUGUGGGCAUCAUCGUGGGCGACAGCGGCGGCGCGCAUUUCCUCCCGUGGAAGAGCGCCGUCGUCGGCAUGGUCGUCAGCGUGCUCAUCGCGGCUAUCGCGAUGGGGGGUUGUAGUUGGUGGCUUAUCGGUUUGCAAAAGUAUAAGAAUGAGAUUUACGGGCCGUGGGAUCCUGCCCGGCCCAUCAUUAUGAGUCGACGACUUUGGGAUGACGGGUGA